CUCGCUCUUAUUUUACUCUUUUCCGGCUUGAAAAACACAACUCGCUGUAACCUCAUUCUGAUAUUACUAUUUUUCGUUGCGAAGUCCCAGCUGCAUAAAUAGUCAGUUUAGUCGAGAUGCGUGCACUGAUUGCAUUGUUACUAUUGAUAACUGCCUGGGAAAUUAGCUUAUCAGAUCCAGCACCCCGUUCCUAUGAAAACUAUUCGGUGUACAAGGUUUUCAUUAAAAGUCGAUCGGAUCAACGGGUUAUCGAUCGACUGCUGAAGGACCCAGACAAUUAUAACUUGUGGCAUCGUGGCGUAAAAGUGGUCCACAUAAUGGUGAGCCCUAUGGAAAAAGAUUCUUUCCUAGCUGUAAUGCGAAAGGAAAAUAUUGUUGCGAAAGUAAUAAUAAAAAAUGUGCAGACACUAAUUAAUGAGACCUGAGGUGAAACCAUUUAAAAAUUAAAUUAUUAUUGGUGACAGAUUAUUACAGUUGAAUUUUUAUAGUUAACUGUAAAAUCUAUCUAUUUAAGUGAUUUUAAACUUUACAAUAAUAUUUAUCAUACACACGAAUUGAGCAACCAGAA